GUGGGCCUGUAAUUAUUUUGAUAUUUGCCGCAUUUAGAAAUGAAUCGAAUGCUAGACACACUGACGCACAGAGAUCGACACUGGCAGAUUGGAUCGAAGGCAUAGGAAGACCGAGUACUCGGGUUGCAACAAAAUCUUGGGAUCGUGAUAAAAUUCGUGGUUAGUGAGUGGAUGGAGCUGGCCAGGAUUCAGAUACAUCUGUGGCUGUUGCUGCUCCACUUUGGCGGUGCCCUUUCUCUUGUCUAUCUCAAAGAUAACAGACUCCCAGAUAGAUGCAAAUACUUGCUGGAGGAUGAAAUGAUCUUAGAGCGAAAGUGUGGCGGCACCUAUCCACUGCUGGCCUUCACCAAGUUUCGCGACACUUUCGUGAAGGCCGGCGAGCCGUUUUCCCUGUUUAUGCCCAAUACAAUGGAUCAUAUAAUGGUGGUGUUGAAGGAUUCGGCGCUACAGAACUGUGCACGCUUUCAGUUGUCGGAUAUGGCCACGUUCUUUUGCCUGGACAAUAAAAGAAAUGAAACGAUCAGACUGGAUUUCGCCCACAUGUACUGCUUUCCAUUUCAUAUCCAGCUGCCGGAUGAUUUGAUGCUGUCGUGCCUUGCGGAGAACAAUAUGGUCGACAAGUAUCUGAACGAUGUCCUCCGCACCCGACGUGGCGUCAUCCACUAUACCUUCAACGAUAGUCGGGGCCAUCGGCAUAUUUCUGUAUAUUUCUGGUCGCUGCUGUUGCCGUUGCUGUUGCUGCUCCUCUUCUCCCGGCAAUGAUGAGUCGUAAAUUUUUAUGCAAGCUGCCAUAAAGAUUGAUCGGUUAAGCCAAAGGGGAUCACAUUAAAAACAUAAUGCUAAAAACGAAAAAAAAAAAUAAAAAAAAAAAACAGAAGAGUAAGGUAAAUAUAUGUGGAUUGAAAGCCUUAUCGCUGGCCUUGCUCCUGGCCAUCUACUCCGCCCCGCGGGGUCCUUGUUGAGUAUUUAUUUUAUGGCAAAACAAAUUAAACUAUAUUAACGCA